AUGGCUCCCCCUACGGAAGAUAAUCUGACGAAAGUCUCUACGGAUGCGGCAACCGAAUUUGUCCAAUCCUUCUACCCUGCGCUUGAAAACAACCGUUCCUCGAUCGCGUCGUUCUACAACCAACCCACGGCAAUGAUCCUUUUCAACGGAAAUGCCGUUACGGAUGGAGCGGCUGUCCAGGAAAUCUUCGUUAAUCAGAUGUCCCCCACGCACUACGAGGUGCAGUCGUUCGACUGUCAAAUCAUCAAUCAAGGAUACCCCACCCCCACUUCGACUGGUACGAAGCUUCCCACGGAGACUACGCUCAAGGAUAUGUCGAUUCUGGUUCUGGUCAGCGGCUACGUGCGCUUUGGCGAGUCUAGAGAUCUUCCGCAGCGGGGGUUCAGCGAAACCAUCCUACUGGUGCCGAACCCGACCACCGACCUGCCCAAAGGGAGGCGCAGGAAGGAGUGGCUUAUCCAGACCCAGAAUUUCCGACUGGUGGUUUGA